AACUCGCGCCGGAUCGACAUAGUUUCCAGGGUUUACGGCGCGGGGCCUGUCCAGAGCCACGUCCCAAAUCAAAUACAUAGUCACGCCGCCUGCUGUAAUUUCCGUUUAAUGAAAGUGACGCUGUGAUGCUCGUGUGUUCGAUUCGCGUCCACAUUCCCCGAGAGAGAGGGCAGCGUGAGCACAAGUCGAGGGACAGACAUGCAGACUAGGCGACCUGGAGACUUUGAAUGGGCCUGGCAGUGUGCUGGCUUUGAAUGUGGCUGCGCGUCUUCCUGCGCACUGGAGCAGUGAUACUGGAGGUGGGGAGGUGGGGAGGGCCCUCGGGGCGAGCACACCCCUAAUCGCCUGUGUCAGAGUAUUUCAGAACGGCGGCCAGCAUUUAGUCAUUCUCCGUGAAUGCUGAACACACACUGACACACACACACACACACACUCACUUGUCUACUCGAGUCCACUUAAACUUUCGGACCACAUGAGUACAUGUGUGUUAUAUAUGCCGCGGAGCCGAGGACCACGGGUUGACUUCUGCCUAUUUAUUCUUCGGUGAAACUUUGCGUCGUGAACCGCAGGAUACUUUUUUUCUUCUUCUUUUUUUUUUUUUAAAUGCACAGUUAUUUAACACGUUUUUUUUAAAAAGGACAAUGCCUCGAUCUUUCUUGGUCAAAAACUACUUCGCCAAGCAAAAGCCGAACUACAGUGAACUGGAAUGCCAGAAUGACACUUCACUGGAGAGGUAUCCCCUUGCUGAGCUCUCAUCAGGAGACAACACCUCUGCGGCCACCUGUUUCACAGCAGGUCUGGUGUGGGACCUCAGUGUUCUGCCCACCCUCUAUCUGCCCACCUCCCAAACAGAGCCCUCUGCCACCCCAGGCCCCCUGGACCUCAGCUCCCCAUCCAGCCUCAGUAGCAGCGCCAGCAGCAGUGGAGAGGAGGACGAGGGACGCACGUCGGACCCCCCCAGCCCCGAACCGGUACACACGUAUGCCCCUCGCCAGCGGAUGAAAUGCACUGGCGUCAUGGCUCAUGUCAGUCCCCCGGAGGAGGAGGAGGAGGAGAGAGAAGCGCCCGUCACAGCGGCCAGGCCCGCCUUCCUCUGCAAACACUGCCCCAAAGAGUACACCAGCCUGGGGGCCCUGAAGAUGCACAUCCGCUCACACACCCUGCCCUGUGUGUGUACCACCUGUGGCAAGGCUUUCUCCAGGCCGUGGCUGCUGCGCGGCCACAUCCGCACACACACAGGUGAGCGUCCGUUCUCCUGCCCCCACUGCAACCGGGCCUUUGCGGACCGCUCCAACCUGCGGGCUCAUCUCCAGACCCACGCCGAGGUGAAAAAGUACCAGUGCGGCGUCUGCUCUCGCACCUUCAGCCGCAUGUCGUUGCUGCAGAAGCACAGCUCCUCAGGGUGCUGCUCCCCCACGGUGUGAGACGUAAUGGCGAGAGACAGAGGGACCCACUCAGAGUUCAGGGCAGUGGACACAUAGAGGUGGUCUAUACAAGCCCAGCUGGCCUGUUGAUGACCUAUAGGGCCACAAAGAGCGUGAAAUGGCCUGGUUUAAGAGACCUGGAGGGAAUGAAGCCUCAUUAUGGAUAUGACUUUACAAGCCUCUCAGCUUCCUUGUUCCAUGAAAAAAAAAAAAACAGCUGAGAGGCACAUUUUUUUCUUCCACUCUAGACUGAUGUCUUUUCGGCCGGACCAAAUCUGAACUGAGCUAUGCCGACGCUCACUUGAUAUCAGCCCCUUUGUUGCCAUUGUGCCCAUUCCAAAGACCAAAUAUGUAGUGAACUCACUGGGGUAAGAGGUGUUUCUUUCCUGUCUCCGUCCUGGUGCCGGCCAACUCAGGAUCAUGGCCUAGACACAGCUGCUGAGAGGUAGGGGUGCGUGGGUGGAAUAAAUCUCUCAGCGUGCCUCAAAACACACAUACACACACACACACACACACACACACACACAGACACACAAAAGCAAAUGCACACACAGCUGUCUCUGGCACUGCGGUGUAGAUAGACGAGGUGCUAACAGGUGCCACAGCCAUGACCUUCGCCGGUUGAUAGCAGGUGACUUCCACUGCCCUUGGUUUGCUUAAGAAAAAAAAAGAGAAAGAAUGGCAUCAGUUGGUCUUCUUCACCAGUGGGGAUCCUUUUAAGCCUCUAUUUUGACUACAUCCAAUCCAUGUCUUUAAUCUGAUGAGAUUCCGAGAUAGGAAAAGCCGUUCCGUCUGUCAUUAUCCAAAGAAGCUUCGUUUUGCAGCUCCACGAAAAAGUGGAUGGCAGAGCCAUGCACUCAAGGUUACCACAGUGUUAGUACCAGCCAAAGCCAUAUUUUGUAACUCAAAUGAGUUUGUGCCUUCAAAUUGUAUUACUCUUGAAACCAAAAAUGUGCCUUUUUUUACCUCAGUAUUUGUGGCUUUAGAAAAAAACGAUGAUUGCAGUAUUAGUAGAAAUUAGCACCAAACUGUUUGAAAAUGCAAUGAGGCUGGGACCAAAGAAUUUAAAGUUUACACCAUGAAGACGUGGUUGCCGAAUAUGUGAUCAUUAUCCUAUGAAUGGACAGUACAAAGAUGAAUUUUUAACUUUCCUAAAAAAAAAAAUUGUGGCAGUGUUUUAUAGUGCAAUGUGCAGACGAUGUGUUAUUUCAAAUUUGUACUAUGCUUGUGUGUUCACUUCCAUUUCUUGUAUGUUGUAACUGAUGAAUUUUCAUUCAAUAAAGUAAUUUAUGUUUAUUAAAACA